AUGCUGCUGUCACUGCCUCGCGGAAAUGGCGCGUUUAGGUUAGGUUUAGAGCCGUCGUUAAAUAUCGACGAGCCGGUACAUGCCACGACUGUGAUAGAACCCGCAGCGCGGAUGAGGAACGGCAGUAAGGAAACCAUGUCGUAUUUACGUGAUUGGCGGCAGGCGUUGCGCGCACCGCACGUCUACCGGGUGGCAAACAGCAGCUUUCGUAUCCAGGGCUACUUCCUGAUGUUGGUCCUUCUGCUUCUGAGCGUACCGAUCGUCUUCCUCGCCUAUCCGCUGCUGCAUGGCUUCAUGUGCUCGCCGCCGAGUCAGACUCUUUCCCAGUGCCGCUAUUACAAGUACAACCGAACGUACCCUACCUCAACGCCCAUCAAAACCUCCAAGGGCAUUACCUACCGGAUAGCGAUAGUGAGUGACCUUGAUCAUGAUUCCAAGCUUGCAGACAAGAAGGACAUGUGGCAUAGUCUUAUGAGAACCGGCAGCCUCUACUGGAAUUCAAAUAACAAUUUUCUAUCUGUUAUCUGGGACGACAGAACUAUUGUACUGUCUUCGUCAUUGGCUAUGAAGGGACGAGGAAUGGAGCUAUCAGAAUUAGUGACUUUUGAUGGCCGUCUAUUAGCCUUUGAUGAUCGUACAGGAAUGAUAUAUUUCACUGAGGGCGAUCAAGUUUAUCCAUGGGUUAUUUUAAUGGAUGGCAAUGGUAAAAAUCAUAAAGGAUUUAAAUCCGAAUGGGCGACUAUCAAAGAUGAACAACUGUACAUUGGCAGUAUGGGAAAGGAAUGGACUACACCAUCUGGUGAAUUUGAACAUAACAAUCCAUUAUGGGUUAAAGUAGUGUCACCACGUGGCGAGACACAUUCUCUCAAUUGGAUCUCAUACUACAAACGAUUAAGGCAAGCGCUUAACAUCGAAUAUCCAGGUUAUAUGAUACAUGAAUCCGGAGCUUGGAGCGAUAUACAUAAAAGCUGGUUCUUUUUGCCUAGAAGAUGCUCUCAUGAGCGUUAUAAUGAAACACGUGAUGAAACGAUGAGUUGCAAUGUCAUGUUGACUGCGGAUGAAAACUUUGUUGAUAUUAAAGUUACUCAUGUUGGAGAUAUAAAUCCAAUCAGAGGAUUUUCCAGUUUUAAAUUCAUUCCUGGUUCACAAGAUUCUAUUAUAAUAGCUUUGAAAACAGAAGAACAUCAAGGGCGGACCGCUACAUAUAUUAUGGCCUUUACGAUAGAAGGAACGAUAAUAAUGCCCGAAACUAAAAUAAUGGAUAAAAAAUUUGAAGGACUAGAAUUUAUAUGACAUUUAGAAGCAAUUUUUAAAGUUAAGUAUUUAAUGAAAAUUUGUAAAUAAGUGUACAGAAUACAUAGACCGGUAUUCAUAGUCAAUUCUUAUAUUUAAGAUUGUUUCAAGCACUGUCUUAAAAUGUCAAAUAAUCACAGAGCUGCAUUAGCAUCUUAAGACAUUACUAGAAGAUCUUGAAAUAUGAUUUGAUUAUAAAUAUCAGUCAUAGUCUUAAAUUUCUACAACGAGAUAAAAUUACUCGAAGUUAAACAAUGUGACUAAGGCCGUUCCUUUGUAUGAUCAGUAUUGUUACAUUCGAAGCGCCAGAGUACAAAUUUUAUUCUCAUUGACAUGAAAUGUUCACAAGUGUAUACCGGAUGAUAGUUGUAAAUACGUAUGUAUAUACGCGCGAAUGCUCGAAACUGGUCUAUACCCUUUACACACUGCUAUUGUUUCAUAAAUAAAUUUACGAUUGUGUUCAAAAAUA